GCCCCAGACCGUGAAACGAAUGCGGGAGAGCACAGCCCCGACGACAUGCUACUUUAUUCUAUCCUCGCCAAUGAACGGUCUACAUUCAUUACUUGGACUUGUGAUUAUUAAAGCUAAGAGGAUUAUGGAUCUACACUGUACCCAUCGUGCAUCAGCUUCACUAAAGGAAGCUAGUCUGAUAUGGAGGCUCAGCGUGCAUUCCUUCAAUGUGACCAUGCUUCUUUCUUCAUUGGUACAUCUCAGCGUUACACAAAGCUCGAGGACGAACUGGAAAGGUGAGCAGUCUGAAGUAUCGGUGACUGCUGCACGAAAACGAUACUAUCAUGUUAUGACAUGUCAAUGGAGGAUGUGAGAGCUGGAGGCCCAUCGGGAAGGCCAAGUCUAGGGAACAGACGACAAACCAUCCCCAGGAAACCCGUUGGGAUCGAACGACACGAUACUCUCAGCGUUCCCUCCGGAUACACCUUCGAUGUUCGAGGGCAUGAGGAUGGGGCCUCUUUCGUAUCGCGACUUUCGACGCAGUCCAGUGGAGGAUUCUACGGUCAUGGGUUCAUCUCAACUUUCAGUCCUGAUACCGGGUAUCAUGGUAAUAAUAUUGGGGAGCAGGACAUUCCGCUCAUGGAUAUCACACCGGCGACUCCACGACAUGGGACAUCUGAUAAAGACUCGAUACCUCCAAGCAGGAUAGACCCUCUGUCCGAUUAUUUUGAACAGAACCCAGACUACCUAGAUGAGAGGCCCUGCGACUGGCUUCCCGCAGCGCUGAGAUGGCCAUUCAUGACUAUUCUCUUACUGGUUUCUUUCGGGCUUGGAAUUCUGGUCUUGGCCCUUACUAUCGUGUCUGCAAGAAACUCGGGACUGGGCUCGGACCAAAACACAUCCAUAUUCUUGUUCGGAUGGCGCUUCACUCCAACUCUGUUUGCAGUCAUCUAUACGUUGCUUCUGAUGGCCAUGGUUGGCGAGAUCAAAAGAACCGAACCGUAUGCCAGACUUUCGAGACCUCAAGGAUCAUCUGCAGCAUCAAGCUUGUUCUUCAAACCUAGAGCUUUCUGGUUCGAUCCUUUUGAUUCGUUUAGCAAACAGAAGAACGAUAGAAUUCGAAACUGGACAUUGUUCUGGGCGUCCAUUGUUUACAUCCUUGGUCUCUUGAUCGUUUCGCCCUUCUCUGCUGCUUUACUUAGUCCUGCCGAAGUCCUGAUCACUCAGGAUGCUCAAUUCUCAAGACUUGCGACCUCAGCGGCCAGUCCGAUGCAGCUGUCAACGGAUGAUUCUGUCUUUUUCAGAACCAUCUCGAGCAUUAUAUUGAACACGACUACAUCUGCCUGGCUCAGCAACAACUAUACUGUGGUUCCGUUCUGGCCUUCCAAUCUGCACUCCGUCCCUUCGGGUGCAGCCCUUUCUGCAAAUGAAGAACAAUGGGUAGGUAAUACUACUGUCUUCCAGACCUCUCUUCAGUGCGACACAAUGAACCUCAAGCAAUUCUCGAAUUACUCCCUCAACUCCACCGCACAGUAUAAUGCCUCGACGAUCGUAACGACAAAUCUCACAUCUUUCGUCCUCGAGUCAGAGGAUGGCUGUUCGUUUGGACUUUCGGGUCUCACUCCCGAGUAUGAUGGGACUGGGGUGAUCUGGUCGACUGGAGGUGGUUGGUGGGCAGCAGCACCAAACUUCUCUUACCCACUCCUAUGGGGAGCAGGCAACGGCUCUGCAGCAGACUUUACAACAGAAACCCCCAUUGCAAUCAACUCGAGCAGUCAAUGCGGAAACAGGACGAUGUUUUUCUUGGCUACUCCAGAAUCCGUUCAGCCAUAUCAAGCCAAAGGGUACAUCUGCAGUUCCGGAUACUAUUCUGCCAUCCUUCCUGUCACUGUUUCGAACACAGGUACCUCUUCCUCUUUUAAAUUCGACGAACAGCAAUUCAACCGUACGAAGACGCCAAUACCUGCCAAUGUCCUUAACCUAACAGACUUCGAGAACACUUUCUUGAGUCAGAAUUGGUCAACGAAAUUUCAACCGCCCGACUCCUCAACCAAUCCUGUGAUGACGAUCCGGCCUGGUAUAGGAGGACCUCUGAUCCUUGUUGGAGCUCAGAAUGGCUUCGAUAUCCCAGCCAUGAUUGCGAAUCCGAAUCUCGUCGACCAGGGUAGACAAGUUAAGCAGAGACUACUCGGUGAAAGCAUGCAACCAAUCUUUCAACAGAUCGGCACUCAACAAGCUGAGGAUAUUCAAGGACAGAUUGGUGUUAAUGAAGAGAGAAUCGUUGUCAGUCUGAUUAUUGGGACGUUGUUGACAGUAGUACUGUUUAUGUCCACCUUCAUGAUUGGACUGGUCGUGUACUUCACCCGUCUUCGCAAACGUCCACUCAAUCUCUACCAAAAUCCAACCUCGACAGCUGCGGCAGCAUCACUUAUUCGUUCGGAACCUUCUUCAAGGUCAAUCUUCGAAGGUUUAGAUCGCUCUUCGGAAGAUGCUAUGCUCAGACAACUUGAUGGAUAUGUGUUCUCGCUGAGGGAUGGGGUCCUUUAUUCGUACCACGUCAAAGACAACUUCCAAGAAUCAAAGUUCGAUACAAAUUCAGUCAAUGAAAGCUCCAAGCCUGAAGACUGGCGCCCCAAAGUCCUCAGAGGAUGGCUUUUGGCCCUGUUGCUGUUUCUGCUCGCAGCUCUAGUCAUCACACUUGCAGUUCUUUACGCUAAAUUUCAUACCUCGGGAAUACAUCAGUCGUUUCUAGUGUCUGGCAUAGAUUUCAAAAUCGAUAACAGAUCACUGGAAGCACUUGCACCAUACUCUAUCAUCCCAACCCUCAUCGCCGUUGGGAUCAGGCUUUGGUGGGGCUCAAUCGAUGAGACUUUUCGGAGACUUCAACCUUAUGUCUCAAUGGCCCACAAUCAGUCCGAGAGCAUGAAAAUGACUGUCUUGUCAUACGUUAGUGCUCCGUUGGUAUGGGCUGCCGUUAAAGCCGUUCCUUAUCGUCACUGGCUUCUGGUCAUCGUUGCAGCUGGAGCAUUUCUGUCUGAGAUUUUCACCAUUGGCAUGUCAGCCCUGUGGGACCGAAACCCUGGCUUUCGUACGUACAACAGUACUUUAGCACGUACUGUAGAAUUUAGGAGUGUUCCAGCAAUUUUUGAAGUACCACCACCUUCGCCGCACGGUUACGAUGCCAGUGUUGAUACCCAAAAUGCCAAAGGAGCUCUGACAAAUGUCUUCGGCAAUCUCUUGACUAGCUGGCUUUACGCUGCCAUCAAUGAAGGUGCUUAUAACACGACUCCCUCAGCAUGGAUGAAUGACGACUGGGCCUUCAUGCCUGCCGAAAUCUCUUCCAUAUCAAUCUCAUCCCAAUCUGUCUCGUCCUCUGACAAUGCUCCUGUCGCUGGGUCUGCCGUUAAUGCAACUUUCGACACUCCAGCGAUACGAGGCAGACUUGAAUGCAGUCCGCUCGAUAUGUCAAACACAUCUGCUUGGUUAUAUACCUUAGACUUCACCAACAAAACUGCCUGGAACUCGACGAUUCCUUCGGAUCUCAAGACUGGCUACGAGUUGAAACUUGGACUUGCUAUGAAUGAAUCCGUGGGCGACGGAAAAUAUACGUAUUGGGACGACGAUAGUCCAUACUUCAGUUUCUUUGCAACAGACUAUCGCUUGAAAUGCUGCGGCAAUGAGACAAAUGGGACAGUCAACGAGGCUUCUGUCGGAUACUGGUCGCUACCUGCAGAUAGUAUGCACCAAGGGAUCGUGGUGAAGUGGAUUACCGGCCAUCCUUACGUAUCGCAGUUCAACGAUUCGACUGGUUCCGAUUAUCUCAGUCCCGGAGAAGGGUACGGAGCACACUUACACUGGGCCUGGAAAGACGUGCCGAAAGUUACAGCUCUGAAUUGCACACCUGUGUUUGAGACUGCUAAUGCAAGCAUCACCGUCGAUGUCUCGACUGGUAUUGUGCAAAAUUAUACUAUCAACGAUACACCUCGUCUCGAUCCAAAUGCAUGGGCGUAUAACUAUGUCCAACUCAACGUCUCAAAGGGGGUACCAUACAAUGCCACGAUGUAUACGGGUUCUGGUUACGAGGUCAAGCCCGGCAGCUUUGUCAAUAACGUGACAGUCAGCUAUGGCUACCUGUUCCACGACGCUCUCCUCGGUGCCGCCAAUUCAGCACUGACAGGAAACGACCCCAUGGCAGCCUCUGUCACCGCCGAAAACCUCUCAGACCGAACCUUCAACUUCCGCCUCCCUGGUCUAAACGUAGACUUCAUGUCCUACGUCUCCUUAUCCCUCGCCAAUAACACCGCUUCCCCCCUCCUCGACCCCAACACCCUCGGCAACAUAUCAAGCACCGUCUUCUCCAUGUUCUUCAAACAUUUCGUCCACUCAAACGUCACCACGAAUGCAGGCAUGUACAUGAACGGCUCUUGGGGUCUACAACCGCGCGGCGCUGUCAUACCUUCUGAUCUCGGCCCAACAAUAUCUAGUCUCUCGAAAGCAUAUCUCCAAGAUAAUUUCACAGCUUCAAAUACACCUCCAACCAUAACCACCACCAUCUCCACACGCAUCCAACAACUCGAUCUCAGUCCCGUCGCGGUAUUCCUCUGUAUAUCAAUCCUCUGUUUCCUCAUGCUCACUACAGCUAUCGUCUUAGGCUGGCAUAGAAAAUAUCUCCGUCUCUUACCCAGAGAUGUCGAUACCCUAGGUAGCAUCCUAGGUUUCGUGUACGCGAGUGAGAGGUUACUAGCUAAAUCCAACGAUAAAACUGCCCUAGAAACAGACGCUGGCAACACGGAAAUGGUGCGGAUGGGCUGGUUUGAGAGUAGAGGGAAACGGAGAUGGGGUGUAGAGAUUGUGGAUAGGCCGGUGGGGUUGAGGAAGCCUCCUAAGCCGGUGAAAGUCCCGAAACUUCCAAAACCCCCGAGGAUGCCGAAGCCUCCCAGACCGCCAAAGGUACCGAGUGAGAGGAAGAGGAAGAAGGAUAAGCAGAAAGCGGUGGAGAGGAUCGAGACUGGGUAUCCGAUGCCGGGGAUGGCGAGGGGUGAUUAUGAGGAGGUGGGUUCGGGUGUUGAUCUUUCGGCUUGGCAGUUGAGACCUGCGAGGGCGGAGAGAUGGGCUUAGGCUGUUGUUGAAUAAUAUUGCUUCAAUGAAAGAAAGAUGCUUCUUUAAUCUAAUUGACGGUCUUCGACAAUGGGAAAAUUUUGGAAGAUUGUCGUUUCACUGUCCUAGGGAUUGCGCAUCUCUGUACGCGUCUUCAGUCUAUUGUCCUAUUCUCGAAGCAACAUCAAGCCUCUUGGAAGCUUUGAGCUAGAUUAGGACUCUUGGUUUCAGUAAUCUCAAUGGCAAUGUCCGUCCUGAAUCCAGUCUCUCUGCCCCUCAUAAGUCAUUUCUUCGGAACAAUACUUUGCAUCACACUUCGACGAAUUAAGAGGUUGCCCAAGAAGUG